AUGCUCCUAAGCUUACGUCUAACCACAAUCUCGCGCGUUAUGUCGGUCCCGCUUCGUCGCAGUACUCGUUCACAAGUGCAGAAACCCAGCGACGAUGUCCCUCUUCCCACUCUGACACCCAAAAAACGCAAGCGCAAAGAUGAAGUCGAAGGGGAAGACGAGGGUGCUUCUCCUCCAAAACGAGCUGCAAGAAAGCAACGCGUCGACCAAGUCUAUGUCAUUCCCGACGUUAUGCGGAAAGAGACGAACUUCAAGGGUAGAUUGGGCUAUGCGUGUCUGAACACCAUCCUGCGGAACCAAAAGCCAGCCAAGACUGCUGUUUUCUGCUCGCGGACGUGUCGGAUCGACAGCAUCAAAGCAAACGGCAUCGACUGGGUCAAAGACCUGGGACGGAAGAACCUGGAAGAUCUAUUGACGAUGAUUCAGUGGAAUGAAGACAAUAACAUUCGCUUCAUGCGCAUGUCCUCUGAGAUGUUUCCGUUUGCCUCCCAUAACAUUUACGGCUACUCCUUGGAAUACUGUGCCCCACUUCUUGCGCGCGUCGGGGAGCUCGCCAACAGCUUCGGCCAUCGUCUAACCACGCAUCCCGGCCAGUUUACGCAGCUAGGCAGCCCCAAACCAGAGGUCGUGCAAGCUUCCGUGCGAGAACUCGUGUACCAUUGCGAGAUGAUGGACAAAAUGGGCCUCGGUGUGGACAGUGUCAUGAUCAUACAUGGCGGGGGGACGUAUGGCGACAAGGCUGCCGCGCUGGAACGUUUGAAGAAGACGGUCACGGAGACGCUUCCUGCCAAUGUCAGAGCGCGGCUGGUUCUUGAGAAUGACGAGCUUUGCUACAAUGUCGACGAUCUCCUCCCAUUGUGCGAGGAACUCGAUAUCCCACUCGUUUUUGACUACCAUCAUGACAAUCUCUUUCCUUCCACGAUUCCUCGUACCGAAAUUUUUUCUCGCAUCAACGCUCUAUUUGUCCGUAGAGGGAUCAAACCUAAGCAACAUCUGAGCGAGCCACGACCUGGCGCUGUAACCAUCCAAGAGCGCCGGGCACAUUCUGACCGAUGUGAAACUCUUCCGGUAGACUUGCCUGAAGAUAUGGAUCUGAUGAUCGAGGCAAAGGACAAAGAGCAGGCGGUGUUCCAUCUCUACCGCAUCUACGGACUGCAGCCUGUCAAGCAAGAAAAUCUUCGACCCCCGGUCAAACACCAGACAACGGAGACCAAAGGACGCAAAUCAAACAAGAAUCCAAGGAAGAAAAAGGGCGUGAAUGCUGACAGUGAAGUGGAAUCGGGACAGGACGAUUAG